CACAUUAACAUAUGUGACAUCACAGACCCGGGAUAAAUAAGAGGGGCUCUGACCGCGGCUCAGGACCACUCUGUCUUGGGACUUCAACUUCUCUUCUCCUUUCUUUCCGCUCCUGCAGCGCCCACUCUUCCAAAAUGACCGAGUUCACAGCAGACCAGAUUGAGGAUUUCAAGGAGGCUUUCGGCCUCUUUGACAGAGUUGGUGAUAACCAGGUGGCCUACAACCAGGUGGCUGACAUCAUGCGUGCUCUGGGCCAGAACCCUACCAACAAGGCUGUCACUGCCAUUCUGGGCAACCCAUCCGCUGAUGACAUGGCCAACAAGAGGAUCAACUUUGACACUUUCCUGCCAAUGCUGAAGCAAGCCGACGCCCUCCCCAAAGGUACUUAUGAAGACUACGUUGAGGGUCUGCGCGUCUUCGACAAGGAGGGCAACGGCACAGUCAUGGGCGCUGAGCUGCGCAUCGUGUUGUCCACCUUGGGAGAGAAGAUGAAUGAGCAAGAGAUUGAUGCCCUCAUGACCGGUCAGGAGGACGAGAACGGCAGUGUGCACUAUGAGGCUUUCGUCAAACACAUCAUGUCUGUGUAAGAGGCCGGCAGCAGGAGUGCUGAGGAAGCUAUAGCUUGCCGACACAGCCCAACGGCGUCAGGACAUCGACACUGUUUCAAAGACCAACUGAGGAAAGACAAGGACUAUGCACAAGGGAUGUUGAAGGAAACCCAUUUUGUCUUUUAUUUUGUUU